AGUGUACGCUUUUGAACAGCUGAUCGGCUGUAGGAACUGGCCAUGUAGAUGUAGUAGGCGAUGAAAUGAGUAAUAAUCAUCUGUUUUUGAUUAUAACAGCUGUAGUUCAUCAAGUUUAUGUUCUGCUAGUAGUUUUCUGGCAAGGAAGGAAGGAAGGACGUUUUGCAUAAUUUAGAAGUGCCCUUCAGCAAGUUUAAUUUUUCUUCAUUAUAUUAUAAUUCAGCUCAAAAAAUGUUGUCUCAUUUACGGAAAACCAUUUCAACAAAAUUUUUGUCUAAUGUUAGAGCCUUGCGAACUACUCCUGCGGUUUCACACGAUACUCUUUUUGUACACAGAGAUACUCCAGAAGACAACUUGGAAGUUAAAUUCAAAUUUACUGAUGAGAACUUGAAGCGAGUAGAUGCGAUCCUGGCAUGCUACCCGGAGGGCCACAAGCGAGGCGCGAUGAUUCCGAUCUUAGACCUUGCACAGCGACAGCACGGCUGGCUGCCCAUCUCGGCCAUGCACGAGGUCGCCAACAUCCUCAAGCUGCCCAAGAUGCGCGUCUACGAGGUCGCCACUUUCUACACCAUGUUCAUCAGGAAACCAGCUGGCAAGUACAGGAUCGGUGUGUGCGGUACAACACCUUGCUGGCUGUGUGGCUCAGAUGACAUCUUCAACGUGAUCAGGAAGAAGCUGAACAUCGAGAUCGGAGAAACAACCGCCGACAACAAGUUCAGCUUGUAUGAAGUGGAAUGCUUGGGCGCCUGUGCUAAUGCCCCUAUGAUUCAGAUCAAUGACGACUACUACGAAGACUUAACAGCUGCUGAUAUGGAAGAGAUCAUUGAUAAGCUGCAGAGAGAUGAGAAACCAGCCCCAGGACCAAGAAGUGGCAGAUUUGCGGCAGAACCGAAGGACGGUCUGACCUCUUUGACUGAGCCUCCUCCAGGACCUGGAUUUGGAUGUCGCCCAGACCUGUAGACAAUUCUAGUAUCUAAUUCUUGAAACAGUAAAUUGUGUAUCUUUCUUCAUCUGUUCGAACCUUGUUACAUGUAAAUAUAACAUGAGUAAAACAAUUAUUAUGUC